GCAUGGCCGUGCCUGUGGGAGGAGUCUUAGAUCAGUAAUCUGUCUGCUUUUGCUUACUUAGCACAGGGAAGCAAUUCAAACUGCAGGAUCCUGACAUGUAAAGAAACUAAAAUUACAACAUGCCGGCUUGGGAAAGUGACAACGAUUCAGAGGGUCGCAGUCCCCUGCUGGGAGAAGAACAAACCCAAUGUAAUAUACAGCAGUAUCCUUCUACAAAAGUGCCUAAAUGCUGCUCUGCUCGCUACAACCUGGCUCUCAUGGCAUUUUUGGGAUUCUUCAUGGUGUACGCAUUACGGGUCAAUCUGAGUGUAGCUCUAGUGGAAAUGGUAAAUACCACAUCAAGUGACAAGGUGAACCAGAGUGAUGUGUGCAUUAACCAAACAGUUUCUCCGGUUAUUCAUCAUAAUUCUAAGGGCAAGAAGUAUGACUGGGACGCAGGUACCCAGGGAUGGAUUCUUGGCUCAUUUUUUUAUGGGUAUAUCCUUACUCAGAUUCCUGGUGGAUACAUAGCUGGCAGAGUUGGUAGCAAAAUGCUGCUGGGACUUGGCAUCCUUGGAACAUCAAUAUUUACAUUGUUGACACCAUUAGCUGCUGACUUAGGGGCAUGGUAUCUGGUAGCAGUGCGUGCACUUGAAGGACUCGGAGAGGGUGUUACCUUUCCCGCUAUGCAUGCGAUGUGGUCAUCAUGGGCUCCACCUCUAGAACGUAGCAGGUUGUUGAGUCUCUCUUAUGCAGGUGCACAACUUGGAACAGUUGUGUCCCUUCCAUUAUCUGGUCUAAUUUGCUACCACAUGGACUGGGUUUAUGUGUUCUACAUAUUUGGGGUCUUUGGUGUUUUGUGGUACAUAUUAUGGCAUUUUGCUGUAAGUGAUACCCCUCAAUGUCACCCUUCAAUCUCCGAUAUUGAAAAACAGUAUAUUUUGUCAUCUCUUAAAAACCAGCUUUCUAGUCGGAAAUCUAUUCCCUGCCUUGCAAUGGCCAAGUCUACACCUCUGUGGGCAAUUAUUGUGGCCCAUUUUUCUUAUAACUGGACAUUUUACACGCUGUUGACUUUACUGCCUACUUAUAUGAAAGAUAUCUUACAUUUCAAUUCACAGGAGAAUGGGUUUCUCUCAGCAUUACCUUAUUUUGGAUGUUGGGUCUGUAUAGUUCUUACUGGCCUCUUUGCGGAUUAUUUAAUGGAAAGGCUGAACGUUUCCACUGUAGCUGUUCGCAAAAUAUUUACUGUUAUAGGAAUGAUUGGGCCUGCUAUAUUUCUAGUCGCAGCUGGUUUCACAGGGUGCAAUUAUGUAGUGGCAGUUUCCUUUCUUACUUUGUCAACUACACUUGGAGGCUUCAGCACAUCUGGAUUCAGUAUAAAUCAUCUAGAUAUUGCUCCUUCCUAUGCUGGACUUUUGCUUGGCAUAACAAACACCUUUGCCACAAUUCCUGGGAUGGUUGGCCCUGUUAUUGCUAAAUUCUUAACCCAUGAGAACACUGUGGAACAAUGGCGACUUGUUUUCUACAUUGCUGCUGGUAUAAAUGUUUUUGGAGCCAUCAUUUUUUCAAUAUUUGGCAGCGGUACCGUUCAGGACUGGGCUGUGAGCAGUGAUAAGGAAGAAGAGGAUUGAGGAGAGUUCUUUAAUUCAGAGAUGACAAACAUGCAACUGUUUUUUUGUUUGUUUACAUUUUAAUUAUCUGUUUACAUAGUAAUCCCCAUCAUGUCUAUGAAGUUCACGGACAAACUGUUGGCUUGCUAAGUAAUACAAGUUGUGUUUCAUGUCUUAA